CCUUGCUAACUAAGCAUCCCCCCCAGGUAAACAAAGGCCUUUUUUUUUGUAGGCUUGGAGAACGUUCGGCUUGAGGCUGUGAGCCAGACAGUGCCGUAAGACAAGGCUGGCUUGUUCGGCUCAACUUUGCAACGCUUGGAGGAGGUAAGUGUGGACCAUCCCGCUGCUGGCUACAAGAAAAUCUUUGAGACUGUCGAGGAGCUGAAUGAACCAAUUCCAGCCAAGGUCUCUGGCCUUUUGCCAACAUGGCUGGGCGGGAGUCUUCUCAGGAUGGGACCGGGUCUUUUCGAGGUCGGGGACCAAGCAUUCCAUCAUCUGUUUGACGGACAGGCUCUGCUGCACAAGUUUGACUUGAAGAACGGUCAGGUGACCUACUCGAGAAAGUUUCUAAAGACAGACGCAUACGUGCGUGCGAUGACUGAGAAUAGAGUGGUCAUCACUGAGUUUGGCACAGCAGUCUACCCUGACCCCUGCAAAAAUAUCUUCUCCAGAUUUUUCUCCUACUUCCAGGGAAUCGAGGUGACCGAUAACUGUGUGGUGAACAUCUAUCCAGUUGGGGAAGACUUUUACGCAGUUACCGAGACCAAUUACAUCACCAAGGUCGAUCCUGAGUCACUGGACACUUUAAAGAAGGUGGACCUGUGUAAGUACCUGUCGGUCAACGGGGUAACAGCUCACCCCCACUUUGAGGCGGAUGGUACAGUCUACAACAUUGGUAACUGCUUUGGCAAGAACAUGAGCCUCGCGUAUAACAUUGUCAAGAUCCCACCUGCUCAGAAAGACAAGUCGGACCCCUUAGAGAAAUCCCAGGUCGUCGUACAACUCCCGAGCAGUGAGAGGUUAAAGCCCUCCUACAUACACAGUUUUGGUUUGACCGACAACUAUUUCGUGUUUGUGGAGCAGCCCGUGAAAAUCAACCUGCUCAAGUUUCUCUCGGCUUGGAGUGUCCGAGGAGCCACCUACAUGGACUGCUUUGAAUCCAAUGAGAGCAUGGGGACAUGGUUUCACCUGGCCUCGAAGGAGCCAGCAGCAUAUCUGAGCAGCCACAAGUUCCGAACAUCGGCAUUCAACCUCUUCCAUCAUAUUAACGCGUACGAAGACCAGGGAUUCAUUGUCGUUGACCUCUGCGUGUGGAAAAGCCAUGACUUUGUGUACAAGUACCUGUAUCUGGCCAACCUGAAGGGGGAGUGGGAAGAAGUUAAGAAAGCUGCCAUGAGAGCGCCUCAGCCCGAAGUCAGACGAUACGUCCUGCCGCUGGAUUUACACAACGAAGAGCAAGGGGAGAAUCUGGUUUCUCUGCCAUAUACGACUGCAACCGCUGCUCUUCGUAGUGACGGAACCGUCUGGUUGGAACCCGAAGUCCUCUUUUCUAAAGCAAGACAAGCCUUCGAGUUUCCGCAGAUUAACUACUCCCGGUGUCGCGGCAAGAAGUAUUCCUUUGUUUAUGGUCUCGGACUCAACCAUUUCAUCCCUGACAAGAUCGUCAAGUUGAAUGUGCAGACCAAAGAGACGUGGGUGUGGCAGGAGGAGGAGUGCUAUCCUUCAGAACCACUCUUCGUAGCAACCCCGGGAGCCACGCAGGAGGAUGACGGUGUGCUGCUCAGUAUCGUCGUGAAGCCAGGAGCGGAGAUGCCGGGCUUCCUGCUGGUGCUGGAUGCAGCCAAACUCAGCGAGCUGGCCAGGGCAGAGGUGGACACCAUCUUUCCAGUGACUUUUCAUGGCUUCUACAAGCCGUGAUCAAACAUGCAUCGUCGGGUAGCCGCAACAGUCCGAUCGUCUUUCUUCAGUAAGCACAGCACCGGUGACGUAUUGCGCAACAACCGAAGACGAAACAGCAUGCUUGUUAUUGCUACAGGUGAGGCAAACACUUUAUACGGUUGC